AUGACCUACUGGUCAUUCAACAUUGUCGUUAAGCCAAUAGUAACCUAUGCCUCCUUAGCAUGGUGGACUAAGGCUACACAAAGAGGUGCAAGCACUAAGCUAAGUAAAUUGCACAGAAUAGUUUGCAUUGGCAUAACAGGAGCUAUGAAGACCUGCCUGGCCGAUGCACUCAGCGCCGUGGUUGGAAUACCUCCCUUUCCUAUUUUAAUAGAAAAGGAGGCUACCACAGCGGCACUGAGAAUCCUGAACACCUCCGACCUGAAAAUCGGAAAUAUGACGGGUCACAUGAAGGUCCUAAUGAAAUUCGCUAAUGACCCCAUACUACAAAUGCGCGAUGCAAUUGUUCCAAAACUAGAAAUCUCUAGAAAAUUUGAGGUACACAUUGCAGAUCGAGCUUUCUGGAAUACAGGGAACCCAUACACCAAACCUAAUGGGGAGGUUUGGUACACUGAUGGAUCUAAGCUUGAAAAUGGUAAAACUGGGGCUGCCAUUUUUGGGCCGAACUUUAAAAAAUCGAUACCAAUGGGUAGCUACCCCACCAUCUUUCAGGUGGAGAUUCAUGCAAUAGAAAUUUAUGGCAGAGAAUGUCUUAGAAGGGGAACGUCAACGAAAUAUAUCUGCAUUAUGUCGGACAGUCAGGCAGCCCUACUGGCCUUGAAGUCCCACAAAAUAAGUUCUCAGCUGGUAUAUGAUUGCCGCAAUGUCCUAAAUGCUCUUGGUGACAAGAAUACAGUUUUAUUAGGAUGGGUACCAGGGCAUGAGGGACAUGAUGGCAAUGAGGAGGCUGACUGCCUAGCGAAACAGGGAGCUGCCGCAGUAUUUUAUGGUCCUUAA